UCUGACCCCGCCCCCAUCACCAGUUUUGGGAGGUGAUCAGCGAUGAACAUGGUAUCGACCCCACCGGCACUUACCACGGCGACAGCGACCUCCAGCUUGACCGCAUCAGCGUCUACUACAACGAGGCCACCGGGGGUAAGUACGUGCCGAGGGCCAUCUUGGUGGACCUGGAGCCGGGCACCAUGGACUCUGUGCGCUCGGGACCCUUCGGGCAGAUCUUCCGGCCAGACAACUUUGUUUUUGGCCAGAGCGGCGCUGGCAACAACUGGGCCAAAGGUCACUACACGGAAGGGGCCGAACUGGUGGACUCGGUCUUGGACGUGGUGAGGAAGGAAGCGGAGAGUUGUGAUUGCCUCCAGGGCUUCCAGCUGACCCACUCGCUGGGCGGCGGCACCGGCUCCGGCAUGGGCACCCUCCUCAUCUCCAAGAUCCGUGAGGAAUAUCCCGACCGCAUCAUGAACACCUUCAGCGUCGUCCCGUCCCCCAAGGUCUCGGAUACGGUGGUGGAACCCUACAACGCCACCUUGUCCGUCCACCAGCUGGUGGAGAACACGGACGAGACCUACUGCAUCGACAACGAAGCCCUCUACGACAUCUGCUUCCGCACCCUCAAGUUGACCACGCCCACCUACGGUGACCUCAACCACCUCGUCUCGGCCACCAUGAGCGGCGUCACCACUUGCCUCCGUUUCCCCGGUCAACUCAACGCCGAUCUUCGCAAGUUGGCCGUCAACAUGGUGCCCUUCCCGCGUCUCCAUUUCUUCAUGCCCGGUUUCGCUCCCUUGACCUCCCGCGGCAGCCAACAGUACCGUGCCCUCACCGUCCCCGAGCUCACCCAGCAGGUCUUCGACGCCAAAAACAUGAUGGCCGCCUGCGACCCGCGUCACGGCCGGUACCUGACGGUGGCGGCCGUUUUCCGAGGCCGCAUGUCCAUGAAGGAGGUGGACGAGCAGAUGCUCAACGUGCAGAACAAGAACAGCUCUUACUUCGUCGAGUGGAUCCCCAACAACGUCAAGACGGCCGUUUGCGACAUCCCGCCGCGCGGCCUCAAGAUGGCCGUCACCUUCAUCGGCAACAGCACGGCCAUCCAGGAGCUCUUCAAACGCAUCUCGGAGCAGUUCACGGCCAUGUUCCGCCGCAAAGCCUUCCUCCACUGGUACACGGGUGAGGGGAUGGACGAGAUGGAGUUCACCGAGGCCGAGAGCAACAUGAACGACCUCGUCUCGGAGUAUCAACAGUACCAAGAUGCCACCGCCGAGGAGGAGGAGGACUUCGGUGAAGAGGCCGAAGAGGAGGCCUGAGGGGAUUGGUCAUCCUCGGAGAGCCCUCAUCAUCCUCGGAGAGCUCCUCGUCCUUCAGUGUUGUCCUUGGAGAGCCCUCGUCCUUCCGCCGUCAUCGUCUUCGGAGAGCCCGCGUCCUUCACCGUUGUCCUUGGAGAGCCCUCAGCCUUCAUCAUCCUCGGAGAGUCCUUGUCCUUCGUCAUCCUCCUCAGCCUUCAUCAGCGUCCUCGGGGAGCCCUUUGAUCUUCAUCGGUGUCCCCGGAGAGCCCUUGGUCUUGCUGUUGGCGCCAGAAAGCCAUCGUCAUCGGAGAACCCAUGGCCUUCAUCGCUUGUCUUCAGAGCGCCCUUGGCCUUCACUGCGGUCCUUGGAGAGCUCUUGGCCUUCAUCAUCAUCCUCAGAGAGCUCCUGCCCUUCUUCGUCACCAGAAAGCCCUCACCCUUUGUCACUGUCACCAAAAAAGCUCUUGGCCUUCACCGUUGUCACCAAAAAGCUCUUGGCCUUCAUCAUGGUUGUCCUCAAAGCCCUUGGCCUUCGCUGUUGUCACUGGAGAGCCCUUGGCCUUCAUCAUCAUCCUCGAAGAGCCUUCAGCCUUUGUCAUUGUCCACGGAGAGCCCUCGGUCUUCACCGGCGUCACCAGAGAGUCCUCGUCCUUCAUCAUGGUCACUAGAGUCCACCAUCAUCAU